AUGGCUAGGGCAACAUUGAAAGCUGUAACAGUAGUAUCCUCGGUCCUCGUCUUCGGUCUAUUAGGUUGGCUAGCGGAUCCAUCGGUCUAUGAGUCGGGAGGCCCGUCAAAGAGGGACUCGAGUCACUCAACACUCGAAUCUAACGAUCAUAGGACGUCUUACACGACCCGAGCCCGUAUCGGCAUCGAGCUGAACUCGACGACGACAGCGGCCGGUGGUCAGCGAUGUCGGAGGCUGUGGAAGAAGGGGACGUCGGAAUGGUUCGACGAGAAGUAUAACGACUCACUCCUCCCCGUAUGGAUGAAGGAGAACAAGAAAAUGUCGGAGGAGAUCGGGAAAUGGUGGCUGUCUUUACAACGGCGCGAGAACAGCGACUACAUCGGCGCUCUCGACAAGGCCUUCGAAGUCAUCCCCAAUCCGCAACGGUUCCUUACCCGCAACGUAUCACGAUGCCUCCGUUGUGCCGUGGUCGGAAACUCGGGCAACCUGAGGAACAGCGGCUACGGGACCGCCAUCGACAAGCACGACGUCGUCGUCAGAAUCAAUCAAGCCAAAGUAAAAGGCUUCGAGAAGGACGUGGGCCAGAAAGAAACACACCGAUUGAUGUACCCAGAAAGUUUCAUGGACAUUGCGCCAGAAACCAACUUUGUCUUACUGAGCUUCAAGGUGAUAGACCUGCAGUGGGCCCGGAGUGCAAUCACUACAGGCGAGAUCACAAAGACAUAUACCAAUGUGAGACGUAAAAUUAGAGUUACCCCUUCAAAAAUACUUUUCUACAACCCUGCGUUGAUGUACCACAUUCAUCGGGAAUGGAUUGACCGUAAAGGGCGCUAUCCAUCUUCUGGUACUUUGGCCGUAUUCUUCGCUCUUCAGUUCUGUGAUGAGGUCAGUGUGUAUGGAAUGGGGGCGAACAGCAAAGGAUUCUGGGACCACUACUGGGAGGUCAAUGACGGGUCAAGAAAUUCGGCUUUCCUCAAGACCCACGUCCACGAUUCCGUCCACGAAUUCGAAGUCAUCAAGAAGCUCGCCGACGAAAAAAUCAUCACCAUGUUCCAGGGUGUGAGAUAA